AGGUUAAGUCCUUCUUUUCAUCAGCGUCAAACAACAGAUCAUGCUUCAUGUGUAAUCAGAAUCAUAGAUUGUUUGAAUGUAAAAUGUUUGCAGAGAUGUCACCUGAGGCGAGGGAAGUUGAGAUCACCAAGCGGAAGUUAUGCCUCAACUGCCUUUGCCCCGGCCAUCUAACACAGAACUGUCGUCUUAGCUCCUGCAGGGCCUGUAAUCAAAAGCAUAAUAGUUUAUUAUGUAGAAAAAAUAAUAAUCAAAGUAAACAUGAGCCUUACCAUGAAAACAAAAAUAUCAACUGUGACAAACCUGGUCCUAGUAGCGAAGGGCCAAAUAACCAUAACUCAGCUACUGCUAGCACUUCGGUAACGUCACUUACAUCACGCUUGGACGAUAGCGAGGUUCUUUUGGGCACCGCGAUCGUUGAAGUCACUGAUGAUCAUGGUAUUACUCACCUUGCACGAGCUAUGAUUGACUGUGGUAGCCAAAGAUGUUUCAUAACUGAAAACCUGAAAAGGAAACUUAACAUUAAAAGUAACAGUUCAAAAAGACAAGUAUCUUUACUUAAUAACUUAACAUCAUGUGCCUCUGAUAGCUGCACAAUUAAAAUUAAAUCAAGAAUAAAUUCAUAUACUGUUGACGUAAAUUGUAUGAUUAUUCAAACGGUUUCUGACAACAUUCCCAGUGUGGAUCUGAAUCUAAACGAAUUGAACUUACCCAACAAUAUACGAUUAGCGGAUCCUCAGUUUCAUAAAAGUAACAAAAUUGAUAUUUUGAUCGGAUCCGACAUAAUGUGGAAUAUUGUUAAGGGUGGGUAUCAAAAGACGCUAGGCAAAAACGGGCCUACGCUAAUUUUCUCAAAGUUUGGUUGGUUGGUAGCGGGACCCAUGUGCCCUACCACUCCUAUUUUGCCGCGAGGUAAAAUAUUGUGUAAUUUUAGCCAAGAAAUCAAAGAUUCACUUUCCAAAUUCUGGGAGUUGGAAACAUUUACCGCACCCACUAAAAUAUAUUCCACUGAUGAUCAAAUAUGUGAAGAAUUAUUUGUAAAAAACACAAUCCGGUUAGACUCCGGUCGAUUUCAGGUUUCAAUGCCAUUGAAAGAGUCCCCAGAGGUCCUGGGAGACUCAUUUGCUUUAGCUAAAAGAUGUUUUUUCAAUUUAGAGAGGCGUUUCCGAAAACAGCCUACUUUAAAACAAAUGUAUAGUGAAUUUAUUCAAGAAUAUGCAACACCGGGCCACUUGACUGAAAUAGAAAGGCCACCAAAUGGCAAUUUUCUCCCCCAUCACCCAGUGUUACGGGAAAAAAGUGAAACUACUAAAUUGCGGACUGUCUUUAAUGGAUCAGCACGCACCACAUCAGGUAAAUCUUUAAAUGAUAUUCAGUACGUGGGCCCAGUGGUGCAAAAUGACCUUUUAUCUAUUUUGUUGAGAUUUCGUCAACAUAAGUUUGUUCUUACUGGCGACAUAGCCAAAAUGUAUCGUCAGAUCUCAUUGGACGAAUCUCAACGUCAUUUACAGUUGAUAUUAUGGAGAGAUAACGAAUCUCAACCAUUAAGAACAUUGCAACUCAACACUGUCACGUAUGGCACGGCAUCAGCAACAUUUUUAGCCUUCAGAUGUUUAGUUCAGCUUUCAAAGGAAUGUGCAGAUCCAAAAAUUGCAAAUGUAAUCAAAAAUGACUUUUAUUGCGAUGACCUCAUUACGGGCAGUGAUGAUUUGUCUGAAUUAAAAUACAUACGUGAUUCAGUGGUUGACAAGUUAGCCGAAGCUUGUUUCCCGCUAAGAAAAUUUCGAACAAAUGCACCAUGCAUAUUUGCGAACGACCCCACUUCAAACAUAAGUGAUGAGAAGAAUUUAUCACAAGUGAAUGACCAAUAUUCAAAUUUACAAAACCAGUCAUCAGUGCUCGGUCUGAAUUGGUGUCCUUCGCAAGAUAAUUUCAAUUUCUUAGUUGAUUUCCAGAAUGAGCCUACGUCCACAAAGAGAAAUAUUCUGUCAGCUACGUGCAAGAUAUUUGACCCACUUGGCUUGCUAAGCCCUUGCACGAUAGUACCCAAAAUGUUGCUGCAGAAACUUUGGCUUUCUGGACUCGGGUGGGAUGAUCCGGUGCCUUGCGACAUAAACAAAGAGUGGAAUAAUUUCAUAUCUAAUAUACAUCAAAUUGCAGCCAUAAAUAUUCCACGAUUUGUCAUGCAAGACUCACCGGCAUCGAUACAACUUCAUUGCUUUGCGGACGCAUCCCAAAAUGCAUUCGCAACUUGCAUUUAUAUACGUUGUGUGGACUCAAAGGGCAAUGUUUCAGUAAAGUUGCUCUGUGCUAAAGCCCGGGUCACGCAAAUAAAAAAAUCGACUAUCCCAAGGUACGAACUGGCUGCUGCUUUGAUUGGGGCUCAAUUGAGUGCGAAGGUAUGUCAGUCGCUCACAUGCAAUAUUGACAAAAAAUACUUUUGGAGUGAUAGUACUAUUGUAUUAGCUUGGAUAAAAAAUGUGAACCCAAGUAAUCUCAAACAGUUUGUUUACAAUCGAAUAAAUGAAAUACACGAGCUGACUGACAAAUCUUCGUGGAACCAUGUGCCUACGGAUAUGAAUCCGGCAGAUAUUGCCUCGCGAGGCAUCAGCCCGAGUCAUUUGCAAAAUGCUAAUAUGUGGUUCAACGGUCCUUCAUUCUUGAUGAAACCCGAGAAUGAGUGGCCUAGCACUGAAAUAAGUAGCGUCGAGCUACCUGAAUUAAAGGUUUAUACUUGCUUAGUCUCAAAGCAGCCGUCAUUCGACUUUGAUCGGUUUUCCAAGUUCCACCGAAUGAUUCGCGUGGUAGGAUAUAUUUUAAGGUUUAUUUUUAACUGUAAACAAGCGAGAAAUGAGCGCCAAAGCGGCUUUUUAUCGAAUGACGAAAUAAAUGAGUCGACUCAAACUCUCAUCAGGGCUAGCCAAAGAGAUUCUUUCGCAGACGACCUACAGUGUCUCAAGCAAAGUCGGCCUGUGCAUCGUAAGUCUAAAAUUUUAGCACUCAAUCCAUUCUUGGAUGAACAUGACCUGAUCAGAGUUGGAGGACGUAUACAAGGAUCGAUUUGUGAUUAUUCUAAAAAACACCCAAUAUUGUUGUGUUCAAAACACACCUUUACUAAACUUUUAUUUAGAAAGGAGCAUGAGAGCCACAUGCACUGUGGUCCUCAAUUGUUAUUAAAUAUUGUUAGAGACCAAUAUUGGCCUAUAGGGGGUAGAAAUCUUGCGCGUAGCACUUUUAGAAAAUGUGUAGUGUGCGUGCGUAUUCAAGGCAACUCAAUCCAGCCCAUGAUGGGCAACUUGCCUCCUCCUCGAGUUACACUAACUUACGCUUUUACCGUUACAGGUAUGGAUUUUGCAGGUCCCUUUUUAAUUGCAAAUCGCCAAGGCAGGGGCUGCAAGUUGUCCAAAUGUUGGCUAUGUCUAUUUGUAUGUCUUAGUACCAAGGCUGUUCACUUGGAAGUAGUGAGUAGUCUGAGUACUGAGGCCUUUCUUAUGACUUUCCGUCGAUUCAUAUCACGCCGCGGCAGGCCUCAUGACCUUUAUUGUGAUAAUGGCACCAACUUCGUGGGAGCAUGUAAUGAGUUGGGUAAAAAGUUGCGAGCAAGCCAAAAGGCCAUGACUGAGGCCGCCCAUGAUAAGGGCAUCAAAUUUCAUUUUAGUCCGGCAUAUUCGCCUCACUUUGGAGGUAUUUUUGAAGCAGGCAUAAAAUCGGCAAAGUCACUUUUAAAACGUGUAAUUGGUAAUUCUAGUCUGACGUUCGAAGGGCUAAUGACGCUAUUCACUCAAAUCGAAAGUAUCCUGAACUCUCGGCCGUUGACCCCUCUGACGUCAGAUCCCUCUGAUCUGUCUCCUCUGACUCCAGGGCACUUCCUGAUAGGGCGUCCACUCACCGCCUUACCAGAGCCACCUGUUACUACAAAUUGUCCGAACAGAUAUCAGAAAAUAGAACAGAUGAGACAACACUUUUGGACCCGCUUUCACGAUGAGUAUCUGAGCGAGCUACAGCAGCGGACCAAAUGGAGGGAGAAGCGGAACGAGCUGAAGGAGGGUGACCUCGUCGUGAUAAAGGAUGACAACGUUCCACCGAUGCGGUGGCGCUUAGGACGAGUGCACCAACUAUAUAAAGGCCGGGAUGGCAUCACCAGAGUGGCUGACUUUAAAACUGCCAAAGGCAUGGUGAAGAGGGCAGUAAACCGAGUCUGCCUCCUGCCAGUCCGAGACACCGAAGUGGAUGGUUCUCUUGCAAGCCAGGGCUUCCAAGGCGGGGACCCUGUUCACGCCAGCACUGCGUGA